UGAGGUCAUCACUACUAUUACCCCUGUUUUUCAGAUUUAAACACUGACGCUUAGAAAAGUUGGUGGAAAAGGUGGGCAUCCCGGCACCAAAGUCUGGGGUCUCCAGUGCGCGCAGACAGUGGCGUCGGCCUCUCGGCCCAUAGGUGGAGCAAUUUCCCAGGCCUGGCGGGCUCUCUCCGCCGGAACUUCAAGUUUCCAGCAGCGGCCCGCCCGGCGCCACCUUCCCAGCUUGCGCCCCGAUGCUGCGCGCCCUGCCCCGCGCCCUGCGCCUCCCGCGCCCCUGGAGGUCCAAUGGGGCCCGCGACUGCGCCUCGGAUGCCACAGCCGGAGGACACGAGAUCCAAGUGCGCGCGCUGACCGGUCCUGACCAAGGAAUCACUGAGAUUCUCAUGAACAGACCUCAUGCCCGUAAUGCCCUGGGGAAAGUCUUCGUCAGCGAGCUGCUGGAAGCUCUGGCCCAGCUGCGGAAGGACCAGCAACUUCGUGUCCUGCUCUUCCGAAGUGGAGUGAAGGGUGUAUUCUGCGCAGGUGCAGACCUGAAGGAGCGGGAGCAGAUGAGUGCUGCGGAGGUGGGCGUGUUUGUCCAGCGUCUCCGAGGCCUGAUGAAUGAGAUCGCAGCCUUCCCUGCGCCCACCAUUGCUGCCAUGGAUGGGUUUGCCUUGGGCGGAGGCCUGGAGCUUGCCCUGGCCUGUGACCUCCGAGUGGCAGCUUCCUCUGCUGUCAUGGGGCUGAUUGAGACUACUCGAGGACUCCUCCCAGGAGCAGGAGGGACCCAGAGGCUGCCGCGCUGCCUGGGGGUGGCCUUGGCCAAAGAGCUCAUCUUCACGGGCAGGCGACUGAAUGGGGUGCAGGCCCAUGAGCUAGGACUGGUGAACCAUGCUGUGGCCCAGAAUGAGGAAGGCAACGCUGCCUACCACCGGGCACGAGCACUGGCCCAGGAGAUCCUGCCCCAGGCUCCCAUUGCUGUGCGACUGGGCAAAGUCGCCAUUGACCGAGGAAUGGAGGUGGACAUUGCAUCAGGGAUGGCCAUUGAAGGGAUGUGCUAUGCCCAGAACAUUCCAACCCAGGACCGACUAGAGGGCAUGGCAGCCUUCAGAGAGAAGAGGCCCCCAAAAUUUGUUGGCAAGUGACUCCCAUUUAUUCUUGCCCCAAAGAGCCAGAGCUACAACAGGACUGCCCUCCUCACGUCUGGCCUUCAGUUUCUUCACAAGGACAACAAUGGAUUUCAAGUAACUGGUCGGGGUGCCUGAUGUCAAGGUGCUGAUCACUACCACUAC